UUUUAUUCGUUUAAUGUGAAUAAAAUUGAUAAUUAAUUCAUCGAAUUUAAUAGUGCAUAAAUUACUAUCACAUUUCUUUUUUAAAUUUAAAAUUGAAGUAAUUAAAGAGAAUUAUUAAGAGCAAUGGAUUUCGUUGAAAAUUUACAAUACUGAAAUUGUAAAGCGAAAUGAAUGGAAUUAUAGCAUUUGCAAUAUUUUUAAUUUAACCAACUGAUGAAAUUAAUGACAUGUUAUUUGUUUGGAGAAAUUAAUGAGGAUCUAAUAAAAUUUACUUUUUACGGAAGAAAGAUGAAGAAUAACACUGUGCUUUUAGCUGUUUAAUAUAUUAAAGAAAUUAUAUCUAGUCGGAAUAUACUUUUUAUUAUACGUAAAACCUUAAUAUAGAAUUUAAUUGCCAGAAAAAAAAGAAAUACCAGAAAAAAAAUUACUAAUUUGAAAACAAAAACAUAUAAUAAUGAAAAUUACAACAGUAAAAGAGCAUAAUAUAUUCGAAUAGUUAUACAUUAUUAAUUUUUUUAUAUUAAAAAAUGACUGAAGCUUUUAGUAAUAAUUUAGGAAGUCAUCUUGGUCGCCAUCUCCUUUAUUGGGCAAUAUCACAAUCGGAUAUAUGGUAUUUGGGUAGUCGAUGUGCUGAAUUAAUAAACAAAUUUAGUGGGCCGUAUGAACGUUGUUUAUUAACUUUAGAUGAGGAUGAAUUUGCUGAACUAUCAAUAAACAAUAAUUAUCCUUUAAAUUAUAAUCAUAAUAUAGAAAACUUUCAAUUGAAUAGUAAUUUAGAUGAAAAUAAUAAUGAAAUUGUAAAUGAUAUAAAUAAUAAUAAUAUCCAUAGCAAUUCUUACGAAUACAGUAAUAAUAGGAAUUAUCAUCAACUAGAUCAAAACGAAAUGUCUGCUAAUUUGAAUGAACGAAAUACUAGGAGAGAUGUGGAAACUCUGAACAGUACUAAUGGUGGACUGCUUUUGUCCCCCCCUCAUAACUCGUUACAUCAAAGAGAUUCUUCAAACAAUAUGCAAAUAACGCAACCGAACAGUGCACCAUCUUCACCACUGGCUUCGCCAGGUGCUAUUAGUAUUUCACCAGCUAGUUUUUGCAUGCAAUCUAGUGGAUCAUCAAGUACUGUAGAUACAGCCGAUCCUAACUGGCAAGCCACAAAAGCUACAGUUUUAGAGAGAAAUGCAGCCAUGUUUAACAAUGAAUUAAUGUCAGAUAUUAAAUUCGUUGUUGGUUCCGAUGACAAUAUACAGACUAUUCCAGCACAUAAAUACAUAUUGGCGACUGGCAGUUCAGUGUUUUAUGCGAUGUUUUACGGUGGUUUAGCUGAAAAUAAAUCUGAAAUAAAAGUUCCAGAUGUUGAGCCAUCUGCGUUUUUAACUUUGCUGAAAUAUUUAUACUGUGAUGAAAUUCAACUAGAGCCAGACAACAUAUUGGCGACUUUGUAUGCGGCAAAAAAAUACAUUGUUCCAAUCUUAGCUCGAGCAUGUGUUAAUUAUUUAGAAGUAAGUUUGACGGCAAAAAACGCCUGUCUACUUCUCAGUCAAUCUCGCCUUUUCGAGGAGCCAGAAUUGAUGCAAAGAUGCUGGGAAGUAAUAGAUGCACAGGCAGAAAUGGCGAUUAAAUCUGAAGGCUUCGUUGAUAUUGAUUUGAAGACUUUUGAAUCGAUUUUAUCACGUGAAACGUUGAAUUGUAAGGAAAUUCAUUUAUUUGAAGCGGCGUUAAAUUGGGCACAUAAUGCUUGCCAAAAGAUGGAAAUAGAUCCAACAGCUCAAAACAAACGUAGUGUUCUUGGUUCUGCUUUGCAUUUAAUACGUAUACCAACAAUGACCCUAGAAGAAUUCGCUAACGGUGUUGCUCAAACCGGAAUUUUAACGUCACAAGAGACAAUUGAUAUCUUUCUCAACUUUACAGCUAAAAAUAAACCACAAUUAAAUUUCGCUACAAAACCUAGAGCCGGACUUAAAACACAAGUGUGUCAUCGUUUUCAAUCAUGUGCUUAUCGUAGCAAUCAAUGGCGUUAUCGAGGACGCUGCGAUUCUAUACAAUUUUCUGUUGACCGUCGAAUUUUUAUUGUUGGUUUCGGUUUAUAUGGCUCAUCAACUGGAGCUGCUGAUUAUAAUGUUAAAAUUGAACUAAAACGUUUAGGUCGAAUUUUAGCUGAAAAUGAUACAAAAUUCUUUUCAGAUGGUUCUAGUAAUACUUUUCAUGUAUUUUUCGAGAAUCCCAUACAAAUCGAACCUGAUUGUAACUAUACCGCAUCUGUUAUACUAGACGGUAAUGAAUUAAGCUUCUUUGGACAGGAAGGUAUGUCAGAAGUUUGUAUGGGUAAAGUUAAUUUUCAAUUUCAAUGCAGCUCUGAGAGCACUAAUGGCACUGGUGUUCAAGGUGGCCAAAUACCUGAGUUGAUAUUUUAUGGGCCAACAAAUAUUUCAAAUGAUUGUAAUAGUCCAAUAAAUUCACACUGUACAUCACCAUUAAUUGUUGGCAAUGGUGUUGGCGGUAGCAAUGGAAAUGGUGUAGGUACUGUUUCUGCAGGCAAUUGUGAUGAAGUAAGCAAUCUUUAGAAUAAGUAAACUUUUCGUAUAUGAUUGAAAAUUAUAAUUAUGUCAAAACGUUUUAUCAAGAAAACAAACAAAAGAAAAUGUGUGAUAUUGAUCAAACCAAAUAUGUAUAUAUAUAAAACAGAAAUCAUUUUUAUUUUAAAUAAAAAUUUUUAAAGUGAAAAGGACGAACCAAUAAUAACACAAAUCAAUUUACUGCCAAAAAAAGACAGUUUUUUCCUUAAGGAAAGUACUAAGUUGGAAAGAAAUCCAAAAGAUUUUAAGUCAAAAAAAUUUUUCUUAAAGAACUUUUGACAUUUUUUAUAUAGAGUUUAUAUGGAACAAAAAAUUCUUUUCAACUGAGUACUAUUUAAAAUGAAUUAAAAAACUUUAGAACACAGUAAAUUGAGUGGUUGGAAAAUUAUUUUAAAUAAACAAAAUGAAUUAUUCUAAUAAUAAUAUUUAACAAAAUUCGUUUAAAACAUAAAAAAAGUAAAUACACACAUGUAUCUGUUUCUGAUAAAAUUCACACCAAAAAUAUUAUAAAUAACAUAAUAAAUAUGUGAAGGAUUUCUAGAAUAUCGAAAUUUAGAGCGAAUCACUUAAAAAAAUUUUAAAAAGAUUUCCAGAAAAUUUUCCAUAAAUAUACUCAGUUUUUAAAAGAAUCUUUUUGAUCUCUUGUAUUUAGGAAAACAAGAGUUUAACAGAAUAAGAGUAUUUUAGAUUGUAUGCAUACGCAUAUAUGUGUAUUUCUAAAAAGCUCAGGCUUUGUUAAAUUCUUGAAUGUACCCAUAUGUUUCAAAGUUGUUCGCAAUCAAUCAAAAUGAUAGAAAACCUUGAAUUUCAGAAGAGAAAAUCACUAUUUCUUUCAGAUCUUCGUAAUGGGAAAUAAUUCUACAUAGUAAAAAACCAGUAGAACAUACUGUUAUGUGCGUUUUAAAAUUGAAUAUAAAUAUUUUUGAUGAUUUUUGUUUUUAAAUUUUUUAAGCUUAAAUUUUUGUUAUUCAAAACAUUCAAGUUUUUAUUAAAAAAUAACUUUGCAAAGUUUAUGAAUAAUAAUUUUGAUUUCUAAUGAAAUAUGUAAACUAGUACUAGUUCAUAUUAACAUACAUACAACAGUACUGUUAUUAUUUUGCACGCUUUUAUACAGUAGCGUGCAAAAUAAUAACAGUAUGCUUAAAAGUGCUGGGUUGAAAAAUUUUAAUUCGAUUAAAAAUUACAUGUUCAGUAGUAUACAUUUUUAAUUUUAUACUAAUAAUUUCAUUUUGAUAUAACAAAAAAAACUUAAAAUAUUUCAGUCUUACAACAAUAGUUUCAUAAAAAUUGAAAAAUUUAGUUUGAAAAAAUUUUGGGUACUGCCGUUAAUUUCCACGUAGUCAUAUAUAUAUAUCUAUAUAAAACAAUGUAUAGAAAUCGAACACACAUAAUAUAAUGUAGAUAUGCAUGUUUUAUUUUAAUAUCUUCAAAUCACUCAAAACGUCUUUCAAUUUCGUAAUAAGAUAAUAUAUUUAAUAUAAAUGAGUAUGUAUAU